AUGGCCGUCGCAUCCAUACAAGACCGGACCGCCGAGUUCAGGACCGUCCUGAACCAGGUGCAGCGCCGCCAGGCCUCGUCCAAGGUCGGCGCCCAGCGGCGCUCGCUGCUGACGGACUCGGAGAAGGCAGACGCCAACGGCGACGCGAACGGCCGCCCGCGCCGCUCCGAGUUCGCCAGGAAGGCCGCGGAGAUUGGCCGCGGCAUCGGCGCCACCAUGGGCAAGCUCGAGAAGCUGGCCCAGCUCGCCCGCCGCAAGACCCUGUUCGACGACCGGCCCGUCGAGAUCAACGAGCUCACCUUCAUCAUCAAGCAGGACCUGUCGAGCCUGAAUCAGCAGAUCUCCGGCCUGCAGGCCCUCACCCGCCAGCAGCACCCCAAGGCCGACCAGCUCGGCGAGCACAACAAGAACGUCGUCUUCAUGCUGCAAGGGAAGCUGACGGACGUGUCCGCCAACUUCAAGGAUGUGCUCGAGCUGAGGACAAAGAACAUACAGGCCUCGCGGUCGAGGACAGAAAACUUCAUCUCCUCGGUAUCACAACACGCACAGCCAUCUAUCCAACAAUCAGCUUCGCCCCUAUACGGCACUCCUAGUCGGGGUACACCGUCCCCAGGGGGCGACACGCUGUCGCUCAACCCCGUCGGAGACCAACAGAUGCUGCUGAUGGAGGAGGCGCAACCACAGAACACAUAUAUUCAACAAAGAGGCGAGGCCAUCGAGGCCAUCGAGAAGACGAUUGGCGAGCUGGGCUCCAUCUUCGGCCAGCUGGCACAGAUGGUCUCGGAGCAGAGCGAACAGAUCCAGCGGAUAGACGCAAACACAGAGGACGUCGUCGACAACGUCCAGGGCGCGCAGAAGGAGCUGCUCAAGUACUGGUCACGGGUAUCCAGCAAUCGCUGGCUGAUCGCCAAGAUGUUUGGCGUCUUGAUGAUAUUUUUCUUAUUAUGGGUCUUGAUCGCUGGUUGA